AAGUGCUCUCAUCUCACCAACACAAAAGCAUUUCGUAACUGUCAAUGAUUGACAGGCACAAGCGAGUAGUUCAAGAAGAGAAAAAAUCCAAUAAUUUCUACACAUUUGUUAAGUUUCUGCCGUUUCGUUCGUGUCUCGUAGGUUUUGUCAAUUGGAAAUUUUUUGAAAACCAUAAACAUACGGGAAACAAUUCGGUUUGUGAAGUUUGACUAAUUUAUUAUUUAGUGUGAAAACAUAAGUUCGUACAGUAUCCUCAUACCGAACCGAUUGUAUAAAAAGUCGCGAACGUAAGCCAAGCGAAGAAAAUUGAACGCGUAUCCGUGGAAAAGCUAGUGCUUGGGUGGAUAUUUUCUCGAUUUUCCACAGUUGUGUCAUAUAUACCCAUACAUAUUUUUUUUUCCAAAAAAAGUGACUUGUCUGCAGUGAAGUUUAAGCACACGGUAUGUUUACAGAGGAAUGUGUUAAAAAUAAAUUAAAAACUGUAUAUAAAUAUAGAGUGAACGAACUAUCUGCUCUGUUCUCGUUUGUUUAUAAAACGUAAGAAAAUCGUAAAAAAUUACACAAGCAAACCUAAACCAAAGGGGGUGUAUGUGUAGAUUAUUGCUGCAGUUGUAAAUAACGCGAGAGGUGGGCUGAAAGUAAAAAGUGAGUUCAGAUCGAUCUCACGCAUAACAAGUCUUCUGGCUGCGUCAUCGAAAUCGAAAUAUAUUUCAUGUGUGUGAUUUGACUACAAAUACAUAUGUACUAUAUAUAAACUUAUAUAUUUAUAUAUUUCAACUUGAAGUUUAUUGGAAUUUAUUGUGGUUUAAUAAAUACACAUAUAUGUAGAUCUGUAUAUAUGUACGUAUAUUUCGCAAAAACUUUUUAAACAUUCCUUUUGACAACUAUAUAAAUCACAAAGAAACUUAAAAUAUAUAAUUUUGGAAAAUGUUCAGUCCUGAUUAUGAGAAACGUAUACUAAAACAUUGCAGUCCGGUCGCUCGAAAUCUUUUCAACUCCUUUGAAGCAGCCUCCACAUCAACAUCGCUCGACAGAUUCAUACCAUGCAGGGCCAACAACAAUUGGCAAACAAAUUUCGCAUCCAUAAAUAAAUCGAAUGAGAACUCGCCGCAGACGAGUAAAAAGCAACGCGACUGCGGUGAAUCUGCACGUGAUAGCUUAGCAUAUUCCUGUCUAUUAAAGAAUGAACUUCUUGGCACCGCCAUCGAGGACGUUAAGGCGGUUAGUGAUGAGCGUAAUGAGAACACCUAUACGCCAGCAGCGAAACGAAGUCUCUUCAAGUACCAAUCACCGACAAAGCAGGAUUUCAAUGAGCAGUGUCCAUAUUCGCUCUCACCAGUCAGCACGAAGAGUCAGAAGCUGUUGCGAUCACCACGAAAAGCAACCAGAAAAAUAUCGCGUAUACCCUUUAAGGUGUUAGAUGCGCCAGAGCUGCAAGAUGAUUUCUAUUUAAAUUUGGUCGAUUGGUCGUCUCAAAAUGUGCUCGCUGUCGGACUGGGCAGCUGUGUUUAUCUAUGGAGCGCAUGUACUAGUCAAGUAACACGCCUAUGCGACCUUAACACCGAUUCGAACACCGUGACAUCGGUGUCAUGGAAUGAGCGUGGCAAUUUGGUGGCGGUGGGUACACAUCACGGCUUCGUCACCGUUUGGGAUGUGGCUGCUAGUAAACAGAUCAAUAAAUUGACUGGUCAUUCUGCACGAGUGGGCGCUUUAGCGUGGAAUGGUGAAAUUUUGUCCAGUGGUUCGCGUGAUCGUUUGAUAAUUCAGCGGGACACACGCACACCAGCACAACAAUCGGAACGUCGUUUGGCAGGCCAUCGACAAGAGGUUUGUGGUCUCAAAUGGUCACCGGACAAUCAAUAUCUGGCAAGUGGCGGCAAUGACAACCGUCUCUAUGUAUGGAAUCAACAUUCGCUAAAUCCCGUGCAAUCGUAUACAGAACAUACGGCAGCGGUAAAAGCGAUUGCCUGGUCACCACAUCAUCAUGGUCUAUUGGCUAGUGGCGGCGGCACUGCCGAUCGUUGCAUUCGGUUUUGGAACACUUUAACAGGCCAGCCAAUGCAGUGCGUCGACACUGGUUCACAAGUGUGCAAUUUGGCAUGGUCGAAACACUCAUCUGAGCUGGUAUCAACGCAUGGUUACUCCCAAAAUCAAAUAUUGGUUUGGAAAUAUCCAUCACUAACACAAGUGGCCAAACUAACGGGUCACUCAUAUCGCGUACUAUAUUUGGCACUUAGCCCGGAUGGAGAAGCAAUCGUGACGGGAGCUGGUGAUGAGACGCUACGCUUUUGGAAUGUCUUUAGUAAAGCGCGCAGUCAAAAGGAGAAUAAAUCUGUACUGAACUUAUUUACCAAUAUAAGAUAAAUUUCUGCUGGCGAGUAGGGAAAUAAAUUGGAGUUGAAAUCUUUGCUUGUUUAUUGAGCACAUUUAUAGCUAGCUAAUACUAAAAAGCCAUUAACACUAAAAUCUACAAUUAAAAUUUAGAAAAUGCGCAGUUAAAAUUGAAAAUUUACCAAAUUAACGUAAAAAUUAUAAAUUAUAUUUAUGAGAAUAGCUGCGAGCUUAGAGGAAGCGCAAAUGUUUCUCUAAUGAAGCAAAUUUUCCUUUCGACUACAUAUAAAAUUUAUUUAUAUAAAGAAUUAUCUCAAAUUAUAUAAAAGAAUUAAGUUUGUUUUAUAUAUAAUAACAGUGUGUCAAAAUUAUUUAUAAAGCAAACUUUUUUGUUGGUAUUUUUUAUGUGCCAGCCACGUGCUUGCUUAUUAUGCAUGUUUGAAAGCACUAUAAAAAUCAUUUACAUGUUAAAAGUACUUAAAAAGUAUCAAAAUUUGCUUCAUUAUUAGAAAUAAGCGCAUAAUAAGUAAUUCGCUACUUGAAAUAAAAGUGCACUGUGCAAAAGUCAACAGUACACCAUAUUGUUUAUCGGUUCUUCUGCUAUGAAUGAGCACGAUUAUGGUUUAAGAGAGAUGUAUUAAACAUUUAACGAUUUUCACAACAAGCAAUGCUGUUUAAAGAAGAAAUCAGUUCCUAAGCAAAGCAAUAUGGCAAAUGACUGCACAGUGAACAUUUUAUUGGAAUCUUAAAUUGAUUACUAAUAGUAGUAAUAAAAUGUUUAAAAGUAAAAAAUAAAUUGUAAUUUGACUUAGUAUUAUAAAAUUCACACUGAAAGAACGUGCAAUGUUAAAACAGAUUAUCUCCGUUUUUGAAGAUAAUUAUAAACUCAAAGAAAAUUUACUUUAAACACAAUAUACAUAUAUAUAUUUUUUUGUAUGAGGCUUGAGGUAUUUUUGACAAAACAAUGCAGUUUUUAAAUUGGAAUUGUAUUAUAUGCAACAUUUUAAAUAUUGCAAGAGUUAAAUUUACAGUCCUGUUUAUUAUUAUAUUAUUUUGAAUUACAUUUAUUGGCUUAUAACAAAUACAUAUAUAUUAUAGAGUUUGUAUAAUAUUUAACUAAAAUGUCCUAUUGAGGCACAUGAGAAAAUCAUUAAUGCUAGCUUUUUGCCAAUUACUAUAAAUAAGUAAUUAAUUGUAAAUUGUAAUUAAGAAUUUGAAAACUUCUAAUACAAACGGAGUUGUUAUAACCUCUUUUACCAAAUGAAUUACUACAAAAUAGUGUGUUUUUCAUUUGUUAAAAGAGUUUGUUGUUAGACACUCCUGUGAAAACUUGCGUGUAGGCAUGCAAACGCACUGAUAACAUAGAAAUACAAUAACUAUUAUAACGAGUAUAUUUAGACAACUUAUUUAUAAAAUUCCAUUGAGAAGUGUGUACGCUUGUAAAUAAAGUAAGAAUUGAUAUUUCAAGUUUCUUUAAAACUAUUAGUCCAAAAAUUAAA